AUGUCGCUUGCAACCGACGCUCAUACAGAGUCACAAACAAAGACAGGGCCUCAUUCUUCCAUCCAUCAUACACCGCCCGAAGAUCACACCCACCAAGCUGACAAGAAGUCCAUUCCCGACACUGGCUGGCGUGGUUCUCCUCCCAUCCCCUCGUCCGACGGCGGUGAUUCUGAGAAAGAUUGGAUGUCAAAGCCGCCAUACAACUGGUCACCAGCACGUGGUCCAGACGGCGAGGAGCUCUUCAAGACAAAAUACGAGUCGUCCUGCUGGUGCGGUGCGGUGCGGUUUGCUUUUGCGGGCGACCCAUUCGAUGCGAAGCAUUGCCACUGCAGACAAUGUCAGCGGCUUCAUGGUGCCCCCUUCCAGUGGGCGGCCAUCUUCCCAAAGACAAGUGUUAGAAUUCUGCAGGAUAAUAGCGGUGCCCUCCACUGCUUCUCUACCACAACGAAACAGGCUGGACAUCAUGUCCCGUGCAAAGUCUCUUGUGACAUCUGUCGAGCGCCACUUUUCGACGAGGGGAAGCGCAUGGUGCUUGCGUACCCAAGUGGCUUCAAAUUUCCCCCUAUCAAAGCACGCUUGAAUUUUCAACCCAGUUGCCAUAUUUUUUAUGGUCACCGCGUCAUGGAAGUGUGCGACGGGAUCCCAAAGUGGAGAGGUCACAAGAAUGACAGCGAGCUCAUGCAGGAGAUGAGUGAUGUGGUAGGCAUUAUGCCUAGAUGCAAGGGAUAUGAUGAUAAGCCCCACGCAUGA